AUGACUUCGGAAUCACUCAGUUCGUCUAAGGACGACCUUCAUGAUCAAGCCCACCAUGGUCCGUAUGUCUCUCAGCAAGAGAGCACGCCGUAUGCCGCCCGAGGGGCUAACGCAGCUGCAGUGCGCUCCUCGUGGUUUCCACUAGGCUACAGAGAAGGCUUCAAUCAAUGGUGGGCUAGUCUGCCAGCUGCGGCAGCAGAGCAUAAAGUCCUCUCGUUCUUGCCCUAUCUCCAGCAUGAACCUCCUACGCAUCUGCAGACCGGAAAGACCGCCACUCAGCGCGAUGGUGUGGCUCAAAGUCUGCAGUCGGCCGAUCUCAGCCAGCAAGGUGAAGUAUCGGCCAAUUCCACCGACGAUCCGUACGGACCAAGACGAUGGCGCUCCAGCAUGGUUGAAUUGAGCGGUAAGGACAGGGCUCUAAAUGAGUUUUCUGUGGAGAGAGUUGGUGAGGAAGCGGACCAACAUUUGGUCAUGCUCCACGGAUAUGGUGCGGGGCUGGGCUUCUUCUACAAAAAUUUUGAACCUCUAAGCCGGCUGAAGGGGUGGCAACUGCACGCGUUGGAUAUGUUAGGCAUGGGUCGCAGCACCCGACCACCGUUCCGCAUCAAGGCUAAGAACAGAGAAGAUGCUAUCAAGGAGGCGGAGGAUUGGUUCGUUGAUGCAUUGGAGGAAUGGCGCGUGAAGCGCAAGAUCGAACGCUUUACGCUGCUUGGCCACAGCAUGGGAGGAUAUAUGGGAGUCGCUUAUGCCUUGAAGUACCCCGGUCGUUUGAACAAGCUGAUCCUUGCCUCUCCAGUGGGGAUUCCCGAAGAUCCUUAUGCUGUCUCUGCGGAUAUGCCCGAACCAUCCGAGUCCAGUUUAGCCCAGGAGUUCACCCAGGACCAGCAAACUAUCGCACAGACAUCGUUGUCUGUCCCCCCGGAAGUAGCCCAGAAAGGCGACAACAACGUCCUGCUCAAAGGCUACGGUAACGCGGCGACAGCGGCACCACCGGAGAGCCGACCGGCCCGCCGCAACGUUCCCAAAUGGUUUGCCUAUCUGUGGGAAGCCAACAUCUCUCCCUUCAGUCUGGUACGGUGGGCUGGCCCUCUCGGGCCCCGCAUUGUAUCUGGCUGGACCUCUCGGCGCUUCUCCCAUUUACCCGCCAACGAAGCAAAAGCUCUACACGACUACUCCUAUUCGAUCUUCAGUCAACGUGGUAGUGGAGAGUAUGCUCUUGCAUAUAUCCUAGCUCCAGGAGCCUUCGCUCGUAGCCCUCUGAUUCGGCGCAUCCAGAACGUCGGACGGCAGAUCAUUCAGCCUUCGGCCUCUGGCUCAGAGCCUGCGACCGCCACGGACGCCUCUCCCUUGCAACCGCCUUCUGACUCGGCAACUCAGGCUUCUCCACCCCCAGCUAAGCGUGAGACCGGUAUUCCCGUCGUUUUCAUGUAUGGAGACCAUGACUGGAUGGAUGCGGCUGGAGGUCUCGCAGCCAAGGCCAAGAUUGAAGAGGAGAAACGGCGGGUUCUUCAGAAUGCUUCACCAGAAGAGCGUGAGGCGGAUAAUGGCUCGGCUAAGGUGGUAAUCAUCAAGGGAUCGGGUCAUCAUAUCUACCUCGAUGGAUGGGAAGAAUUCAACAAGGUGGUAUUGGAGGAAAUGGAAGAGGUGAGCCAAAGGGAGAGGGCUCGGGGUCGGACCUGA